UUUUCUAUUUUGUACGUUUUUCUUAUUUAAAAUCUAUUUUUGCAUAUUAAAAAGGAAAUAUGUGUAGUUGCAAGUCUUAUUUUUUUACUUUUUAUUUUUUUUCUUUGUUAUGAAUAUCAUAAAUAUGCAUAAAUUAUUAUAUAAAUAUAUUAUAUUAUUACAUAUUCAUUAUAUAAAAUAUAUUGUAUUGUUAUAUAUAUAUUAUAUAAUAAUAAUCUUAGAAUUAUAAAAAAAUAUGAAUUUGAAACUUGAAACAACAUUUAAAACUGGAAAAUAUAUGAUAAAAUUUAAUAUAUUUCUAUCAUCAAAGUUUAACAUGUUUUUAAAAGUUUAUAGAACUUGCUAUAAUUCAUACAAAAUUGAUAUAAUAUAAACUUUGAUAUAUUUUUUAUAUAUUUUUUCAAUUCAUUAACAUAAUUUGAUAAUCAAAUCUUGUAAUAUUUUAUAUUUCUUUGGUAAUAUUUUAGAACAUUUGAAGAAAAAUACAAAUCCAUCGAAAAAACCAAAAAAGAAAAAAGUUUGAAAAAAAAAAAUAAUAGUUAGAUUAGAAAAUAUGUUGGUUAAAGAUAAUUUGUAUUAAAGAUUUCAAAAAUCUACAAAGAAAAGUAAUGGAAAUAAGAAUAAUCAUGAAACCUUAUUUUCUCAAGAGAAAAUUAUAAAAACCAAUAUAUUUGGAGUAGUUAUUAUAUUUCAAGAUUUCAAAAUAUUCAUAUUUAUAUUAAUCUUAUAUAUUUACAUGAACAUUUUGUUACAGAUAAUAAUAUAUAAAAUAAAUGUAGAAUGAAAAUUGCAAGUCAGAUCAGUAGAAUUAAAAUAUAAAUAUUAUAUUUAUUUAUAAAUAUGUUACAUACAGUAUGUUUCUUUUAAUAUUUAUUCAUGAUUAUUUUUUAAAUAUUGAAAAUAUGAAAAAGUAUUUUAAAUAAACAUUAUAUGACAUCUCAAAUAUGAUAAUAACAUAUGAUGAUAAUUGUUUGAGAUAAUGGAAAAAACUGUAUGAAAGUUACAAUACAUUUUUUUUCAUAAAAUCCAUGUUAUUGCACAUUCUUAUAGCUAAUAUUAAGGUAUUUAAAAUACUAUUUAUAUAUUUUUCGUAAAUUAAUAUUGAAUUAUUAAUUUUUAAAUUUUCCAGUAUUAAUAUUACAUUAUGAAAAGAUUGAAUUUAUUGAAUAAAAUUUAUAUAUCAUGAUGGUUCUAAAAAGAAUUGAUUGUGUAUUUAUAUCAAUAUCGAAUUAUAAAAAACAAGAAAUAUGUAGUUUUGAUAAGAUAAUGCAAACUUAUAUCAUAUAUAAUAAGAAAUGAUUAAGUGAAAAUUUUUAAAAUGAAAUGUAGAUUAAAAUUUUAUUUUUAAAAUUUUAAAUAUGCUUAUUAUAACAUAUUUUAAAAAUUAUAAUUUCAAAAAAAUUGAAAUAUUAAUAAUAUUUAAUCUAUAUUUAUAUUCUUACUUAAAUUUAAAUAAAAUAAUAACAAUAUAUAGUUUACAAAAAAAUUAUUUAUUUAUAUUAUUGCAUUAUUAUAAUUAUUGAUUAAGAUAAAAUAGUUUUGGUAAGUUUAUUUCUUAGAUUUAAGAAUGAAAUAAAGUAUCAUGAAAUGUAUUUAUACAUAAUCAUAAUAUAAUUAUAUACUUUUAAUAAAUAAAAAUUUAAAGAUUUUUCAAUAAAAUUAUAUAAAAUACUAUAUUUUUUUGAAAUUUUUCAUACUUGUAUCAUUAUUAGUAAUUAUUUAAAAAUUAUUCCUAGAAAAAUAUAUAAUUUCAUUUUUGUCUCACAUAUCGAAUGUAUUCAUUAUUCAUUAUUUUCAUUUUAUUCAUUAUUCAUUAUUCAUUAUUCAGUAUUCAUUAUUUUGAAUUAUCUUUUGUUGAAACUCACAAAUGAUAUUACAUUUUUCUCUUACUUAAAUUUAAAGUAUCAUUCUUAUAUUCAAAAUGUUAUAUUAUUCCAAAAAUCUUAUAACAUCUAUAAAUUGAAGAUAUAUAUGAAAUAAUUUCAAACAUUUUAUCUUUGUAAAAACUUUCAUUAUGUCUUUGUUAACAAUUUAUUAACAAAAACACUAGCCAAUUACGGAGCGCGUAGUCAAAUCUCACUACAUGUAACCGACUAUGAACAAGUCCAAAGCAACAUAUGUCAUAAAAAGUAUAUUGAAUAUGAGAUAUAUGAAUAUAAAUAUUAUAUUACGAAAAAAAAGAUAAUAUUCAAUUCAUUUUCUUUGAGAUAUAUAUAGCUUGAUUUAUAUAUAUAUUCUAAGCUUAUACGACAUUGAAUAUAUUUAAUAAGAUUUUAAAAAUAAUGCGAAUUUGAUUAAUUAUUUUUAAUAGAAUAUAAUCAAAAUAAAAAUAGGAAAUAUAUAUUGACUAAAAUUUAAAAAUUACAAAUAUCAUAUAACAUCGUAUCAAUGAAUGAAGAAGUAGCAUGUUUAUCAUAUCUUUUAUUCAUAAAUAAUAUCAUAUUUCUUCAUUAUCUUUGCUUCAAUUUGAUUCGUAUAUUCUCAUACAUAGCCCACAUUUAUAUAUAUUUAUCAUUUAAAGACUACAUAAAUGAAAACAAUUUCCUAUUUCUUGUAAAGAUUUAAUAUCUAUUCGGUAUCAAUUUAAUGUCAUCUUAUAAUUGAAUUAUUUACUAUCAAACUUAUUAUCUCAUUAAUAUUCUUAAAGAAUAUAAAAAUAUUAUUAAAAUAUAUAUUGAUUUAAUAUAUUGAUUUAAUAUUAUUAUUAUUUAAUAUUUAAUAUUGAUUUUUACGAAAUUAGAUUAUUUUUAUAAGAAACAUUUUUAAUAAACAUUUAAUUAAUAAAUAUUUCAAAUAAUAAAUUUAAUUGAAACUUUCUAUAAAUAGCAAUUGUUUAUACAUUUUUAAGAAUUAAAUAUAUUAUAUAUAACAAACUCAUUAAUUUUCAUUUAAUUAAUUUAUUUUAAUAAUUAUUUAUUUCAAAAUACUUAUUAUUCUAUUAAAAAUUUUUAAAUUUUUUCCUUAUUAUAUAAUAUAUAUGAUAAUUUUCAUUCAUGUUAAGUUGAUAGAAUUGUAUUACUUAUUGGCCAAUCAACAGUUAUCUUGACACGCCCCUUGAAUAUUCGUUUUCGGUGAAUGCAGGUCAGAGAAUAAACAUUUCUGAUAAAUUUUUCAUUGAUUUUAUAAUUUUUAUUGAUUAAUGCUCUGAUUGAUUUUCAUAAAAUCUUCUAAUAAUUUAAAAUGACGGAGCAACAAAUGGAUUGUGCAUUGGAUUUAAUGAGAAGAUUACCACCGCAACAAAUUGAAAAGAAUUUAAGUGAUUUAAUAGAUCUAGUGCCAUCUCUUUGUGAAGAUCUUUUAUCUUCUGUUGAUCAACCUUUAAAAAUUGCAAAAGAUAAAGAAUCUGGAAAAGAUUAUUUACUUUGUGAUUAUAAUAGAGAUGGAGAUUCUUACAGAUCCCCUUGGAGUAAUACAUAUGAUCCCCCUUUAGAAGAUGGCUCAAUGCCAUCUGAAAGACUUAGAAAAUUAGAGAUAGAUGCAAAUCACGCAUUUGAUCAAUAUAGAGAGCUCUAUUUUGAAGGUGGAGUUUCUUCUGUUUAUCUCUGGGAUUUAGAUCAUGGUUUUGCAGCAGUAAUAUUGAUUAAAAAAGCAGGCGAUGGUUCAAAGAAAAUUAAAGGUUGUUGGGAUUCAAUUCAUGUAGUAGAAGUUCAAGAAAAAUCUAGUGGAAGAAUCGCACAUUAUAAAUUAACUUCUACUGCAAUGCUUUGGUUACAAACUAAUAAACAUGGAUCUGGAACAAUGAAUCUUGGUGGAAGUCUUACUAGACAGGUUGAACAAGAUGCUCAAAUAAGUGAAAAUUCUCCGCAUAUUGCUAAUAUUGGUCGUAUGGUUGAAGAUAUGGAAAACAAAAUCCGAAAUACGCUAAACGAAAUUUAUUUUGGAAAAACAAAAGAUAUUGUAAAUGGUUUAAGAUCUGUUCAAUCAUUAGCUGAUCAAAGACAACAAGCCGCUCUUAGGCAGGAUCUCGCGGCAGCUUUGCAAAGGAGAAAUGCAAAUAAUUGAUCUUAUAAAGAAGAUCAACUUUCUUUCAAUUGUGAGGAUUGUCAAUAAAAAAAAAAGAAAAAACAAAGAAAUCAUAAUAAUGAAAUUAAAA